UAUCUAAUAUUUUAUCGAGGAUAUUAUUUAUAAAUACAACCAAAUGAAAAAGGGUUUGGAGGAAAGAUUUGUCAAAUGACUGGAUACACCCCCGCCCAAAUAGUCUCAACCUGCCACUUCCUUGUUUUUCAAAAGUUUAUUUUGAAAAAAGUUGGUUGCGUUUUCGGCGUCUUCUUUACUAUAAUCCACCUGUUUAAUAGUCAGAGUCAUUGUAUAAUUAUCAACAGUUAAUUAAACGCAUGAAGAGAUUUGAUGGUUCAUGACAGUAGCUAGCUCGCAGGCUGGCUCUUGAUUUCGGAGGGGAGACACGGAGAGUUUGAUCGAGCCAGAAUGUUAUCCGCCACCGCUGCCAGCGUCGAGGAUUUCAGCCUUAGGUUUCCACUGCAUACCCUGGUCUGGGAUAAUGAUUACAGGAAGCUGGAAAAAGAGAUACAGACGAGUAACAUUGAAGAGGUGGAUCCCAGGGGCCGGACCCCUCUGCACCUGGCCGUCUCACUAGGACACUUGGAGUCGGUGAGAGUGCUGCUCAGACACGGCGCAGAUGUUUCCAAAGAGAAUGGCAAAAAUUGGACAGUGCUGCAGGAAGCAGUCAGUACAGGAGAUCCAGAGAUGGUGCUGCUGGUUCUUCAGCGACGGGAUUAUCUGAAAGCCUCCACUGCGCUGGGUGGUGUUCCAGAGUUACUGUGCAAGAUCCGAGAGUCUCCAGACUUCUACAUGGAGAUGAAGUGGGAGUUCACUAGCUGGAUUCCUCUCGUAUCACGUGUGUGUCCCAGCGACGUGUGCAGAAUCUGGAAGAGUGGGGCCUGUCUGAGAGUGGACACCACCUUGCUGGGUUUUGAAAACAUGACCUGGAUCAGAGGAAGAAGAAGCUAUAUCUUUAGAGGAGAAGACAGCUGCACUGAACUGAUGGAAGUUAAUCACGAGGACGAAGUGGUGGACACUGAGCGCUUUGAUCUCUCCCGUGAGAUGGAGGACGUCACACUAGACUCCAUGCAGCCUGCCCAGCAGGAAGUAGCCAAGAGGCUGACAACACCCAUUGUCAACACAUAUCUGGACACAAAGGACAUUGCGUUUGAGAGGUCUAAAUCCGGUAUCUGGGGUUGGAGGUCAGACAGAACAGAAGUAGUAAAUGGAUUUGAAGCCCAGGUUUUUUCAGUGAACAAUGUGAACGUUGUGAUUCGCACCAGGACAGAGCACCUAACAGAUGAGGAGAAGACCAGGAUAAAAAGUGAAAGGAACGUUCUGGAGUCUUUACUCGGCACUGUAGAACAACAGAUCGGUGCUCAAGGGGACAUGACUAUGGAGUUUGCCACUGCCACAAACCCCACAGCUAUUACUCCAGAGGAGUACUUUAACCCCAACUUUGACCUGCAGGGCAGAGACAUCGGUCGACCCAUUGAGCUCACCAUCAGAACACAGAAGUUUAAAGGCACCCUGUGGAUGAGCGAGGAGCAUCCUCUGUCUCUGGUGGAGCAGGUCACUCCCAUCAUUGACCUGAUGGCUCGCACCAGCACUCACUUCGCCCGACUCAGGGACUUCAUCAACCUCAGGUUUCCCCCUGGCUUCCCUGUGAAAAUCGAAAUCCCUCUGUACCAUGUGUUGAAUGCCCGCAUCACGUUCGGAAACCUCAACAAAUGCAGUACAAAUGAGCCUCUGGACUCCAACCAGUCCGCUUCUACACCCACACCUACAGAAGAGAACUGUGGAGACGAGGCUUCAGGACAUGCUCCAUUCAAGGUGUGUCCAUCUGUGUUCAUGGCACCUGCGCAGUAUCACCACCGAGGGGGCUACCGCCACCCCAACACACGCAAUUACAACCCAGUCAGUCAUGAUGAAGAGCUGCUCCAGUAUGCCAUUCAACAGAGCCUGCUUGAGUCCAGUGCACUGAAUUCACAGGACACUUGGAGUGAUUCCGAUGGACAGACAACACAAUCCAUGACGAACCGGUUGAGUGAUGGAUCUGGGUCUGAAGGAGUUUUAGUAGACCUUAGUGACACCACACCCUCAAGCUCUGGCUCCGCCUCCAGCCCUGACACUGAUCUGCGAUUGGCUAUGGAGCUCUCGGCCCGGGCACAGGAGGAGGAGGAAAGGAAAAAGAAGGAAGAAGAAGAGGAAUUACAGAGGAUUUUACAACUCUCCUUAACAGAAAAGUGACAGAGUAAGAUGAGGGAAGGAUAGACAAAGGGAGUUCCUGUUAUUGCCAUAACCAUUAAACAUUUUUAUUUCUACCCCUCUUCAGAUUCAUGCAUUACACAUAUUUACAUAUUCAUUUUGGAGUCAACAUCUGUAAGGUUCUGCUUCCUUAUCCUUAAAAAAAAAUUAAGCAAACAUUUAUUUCAUGCUUACUCAUACAUUUUACUGCAUUUUUCCAUGUACUUUUCCUCCUUCAAAGAGAUGAUCAUGCAUGUAUUUGACAAGAAAUCCAGUGCUGCUUUUUUAAGAUUGUGUGAUAGAAAGGUUGUGAUGUCUUUGACAGUCCAAACAUGGACCUGUGAGUUUGUACGUCUUGACAGUAAUGCCUAGAUAACGGUUUAUUGUUUUUUCUUGACAGAAAAGGUUGUUUUGCAUUAACAUUAGCUUUAGGUUUAUAUUAAUACUUUACUCAGGGGUCAACUGAUAUUCACCAGUUGUUGGUUCCUUAAAAACCAUUAUAGACACAGCAAAGAAAAGUGAAAGAAAUUAAUGUUUUACACACAGCAGUAGGACGGUACCAUUCUCAGCCUGUGAGCUUUUGUCAUUGGACAAUUUCUGACUGAAGCAUCUCUACUGUAAAGGCAAUAAAUCACACCGCCGUGCCUCACCAGAGUAAGAGGCACUGACACAGACCGGAAUAUUUCUGAAAGGGGAUGUCCAGUGUAAGCCAGUACACCUCAAGCUUUUAGUCUGCCUAAUUUGUAAAAUGAUACAAUAAAUUAGGUUGUAAUGCAAAGCAUGAAUGUGGCAGUACUGGGCUCCAACCAAACCUCAUGCUACACUAAAGGACUAAUGUGUGACACGAAAACCAGCCUUUUUUUUAUUUUGUUUUCUGUUUCAGAGGAUGGUUGUCUGUGGGAAUGUGUGUGGUUGGACAGCAUUGUUUGCUGACUGGGGUUCUGAUGUGGUAAAUGUGGAUGAACCUGCCCUGCUCUUUUUGGGAAUCUCUCGCUGUUCAUUCCUGUUGUAGCUAUUUAUUUUGACACUUUUUUUCUUGAUGGCUUGAAUGUUAUUUUGGUGAUUUCUUUCUGUAAAGCCUUGUGAGGUUCAAAAGACAUCUGAGUAUUGACUUAAAGCUUGCAGUAUCUCUCACUACUUUUUGUAUGAAGCGGCGUGUGCUUGAACCGAUUUUAACCAUACCUUCUGUCACCUUAAAUAGACAUUUAUAUUGCUUUACUCUUCCUGUAGUGAACCAGGUUCUGAGGAUAGUGGCAGCCACAAACUUGCAUUUAUAAUAGAGAUGUUUUAUUAACAGGACAUUGAUUUUAGUUUCCUGUAUUUAUUCUUAUGCUGCAUUUAAAUAACAAUGUAGAGUAAAUCAAAUGUUCUGGCUACGAUUAUCCACAUAUCAUUUUUCCUGUAGACAGAAUUCAAUUUCUUUCUUCCUUUCUUUCUUUAAAACCUAAUUUAACUUUUGGUAUCUUGGUAUAAGUCUUAACUCAAACUAAUUGCCAAAAUGUUUAAUGGUCUUUACCAGAUCAGGUUUAGUGUUGGUUUGAAUCUUGGUUAAUUGUCAUGCUGCAAAAUGCAAGCGAAAGUAUCCUGUUUGAGCAUGUUGAUGAAGUUCUGAAGGCAUUUGUAAACUGUGAUGUAUAUCUGAUAAACACACACACACACACACACACACCAAAAAAAAAAAAAAAGUUUGUACUUUAAUAAAAGCACUUUACUGAC